CUCCCCCUCCAAAGAUGUCGCAGGAGCUUCAGUUCUUCUCCCAGCGACUUUAACAGUUGACGGAACCAGCAGCUGUCGGACUCACGGACCGGCCCGUGUCCCCUCCCAGCAGCGGAGGUGUCUAAAUCCUCCCCCUCCCUCCCUCCAUCCUCCUCCUCUCUCCCCCUCCCUCCUCAAACCACCGCAGAACUCCGCCGCCAGGUGACCGCGCCGGAGCGGGAUCUUCAUCAGCGCCGCCGUCCUUCAUCCCUCCAGGCGACAGGAGCAGCCGCGUCCUCCUCCCUCACCCCGCGCCCUCUCCCCUCCACCCCCCCGCUGUAUCCUCUCAUCCGGUUCGGGACGUUCUCCGCUCUACGCACACGCAGAUUAACGGGGGAUUCUGCCUCCCCGCCCGCGCACUGAUGCUGAUGUCCUUGAGCUCGGCCUGCAUGGUCCUGGUGGUGCCGCAGUAGCUACCUCUGAACUGGAUCUGGAUCUGCUUCCUGUCUGCGAUUUAUCAGCCGCCUUUGCCCCUCUCUCCUCUUUCCAUCCGUCCAUCAUCGAGCUCCUUAUUCCCGUCGGCACGUCCGUUAGCCUGUCCGUCCAUGGACUGGCCGUGACCCUGGAGGGAGGGGGACAGACGCGAGGAAAGAGUGGAGUCACAGAGGAGACGGGGAGGGGGGGAAGAAAGCUGGAUACAUUCAGACCUCUCGCUUCUGAAGUGAUCCUGUUCGCUGCCCUUCAUCCUCCUCACCCUCCUUCCCUGCCUCCCUCUGUUAUGGAGAUUUAAAGGCGCAGUGGGAGGUUAGGCCAAAAUAGCAAAGAGAAGAAAAAAAACUGUUGCCCCUUCAUUGCCCUUAAAAAGGAGUCUGGAUGCAUAAUUUCCAUCACAUUUUUAGAUAAAAAAUUAAGAGCACAUGAACAACCCUUCACCUACCAAACGAAGGAGGACCUGAGCAGACUACAGAAAGAAAGGAGGACCAAAAGAGAAGAGUAAGAAACUUCCUGAAAUGUCAACGACCGCGACGAUGGGUGAAAUGGCAAACAGCGCUGUGGAGUUUUAUCCCAAAGGGACUCGGGGCAGGGGUGGAGGAGGAGGAAGGGCAGAUGGCAGCAUUUCAUUGGGAGACUUUGGGGUCACGGUGAAGGAGCUCAGGGAGCUGAUGGAGCUCCGAGGUGCUGACGCCCUACAGAAGAUCCAAGACAGCUACAGAGACACAGAAGGCCUCUGUCAGAGACUACAGUCCAGCACCACUGAUGGUCUCAGUGGCGACCCAACAGACCUGGAGCGCCGAUGCCAAACUUUUGGCUGCAAUUUUAUCCCUCCGAAGAAGCCCAAGACCUUCCUGGAACUAGUGUGGGAGGCUUUGCAGGACGUCACCCUCAUCAUCCUGGAGGUCGCCGCCAUCAUUUCACUUGGCCUCUCUUUUUACCAGCCUCCUGGGAAGGAAAGCGAAGCGUGCGGGAAUGUGAGCGCGGGAGCAGAGGAUGAAGGGGAGGCCGAUGCCGGCUGGAUCGAGGGCGCCGCCAUCUUGCUAUCUGUCGUGUGUGUCGUCCUGGUGACGGCGUUCAACGACUGGUCCAAAGAAAAACAGUUCCGGGGUCUGCAGAGUCGAAUCGAGCAGGAGCAGAAGUUCACUGUGGUGCGGAAAGGCAACGUCAUUCAGAUCCCCGUGGCUGACAUGGUGGUGGGAGACAUGGCUCAGGUCAAAUACGGGGACCUGCUGCCCGCGGAUGGUGUUUUGGUCCAAGGCAACGAUCUGAAGAUCGACGAGAGCUCCCUGACAGGAGAAUCUGACCACGUACGCAAAUCUGUGGACAAAGACCCCAUGCUGCUCUCAGGUACUCAUGUGAUGGAGGGCUCAGGCAGGAUGCUGGUGACGGCUGUAGGAGUCAACUCCCAGACGGGCAUCAUCUUCACUCUGCUCGGUGCAGGAGACAUGGAGGAGGACGGGAAAGAGAAGAAAGAGGACAGUACUCAGUUGCUCAUCUCUUCAGAUGCCAGUAACAGCACAGUCACCAAUGGAAAACAGGCUGAUGGAGCCGUGGAGAACAAUCAGAACAAAGCCAAGAAGCAGGAUGGGGGUGUUGCCAUGGAGAUGCAACCUCUGAAGAGCGCAGAAGGAGGUGAGGUGGAGGACAGAGAGAAGAAGAAGACCAGCGUUCCAAAGAAAGAGAAGAGUGUGUUGCAGGGCAAGCUCACCAAACUGGCAGUUCAAAUUGGCAAAGCAGGCUUGGUGAUGUCGGCCAUCACCGUCAUCAUUCUUAUGCUGUACUUCGUCAUCAACACGUUUGUCGUUAAAGGUCGCACAUGGUUACCAGAGUGCACUCCAAUAUAUAUCCAGUAUUUCGUCAAGUUUUUCAUCAUUGGAGUCACUGUGCUGGUGGUGGCGGUACCGGAAGGCCUGCCUCUUGCCGUCACUAUUUCUUUGGCCUAUUCUGUCAAGAAAAUGAUGAAGGACAACAACCUCGUACGUCAUCUGGAUGCGUGUGAGACGAUGGGCAAUGCCACGGCCAUCUGCUCUGACAAGACCGGCACCCUCACCACCAACCGCAUGACUGUGGUGCAGACCUUCAUAGGUGACGUGCACCACCGUGUGAUCCCAGAUCCUGGACAGGUCACUCCUCGGACUCUGGAUCUGUUAGUCAACGCUAUCGCCAUCAACAGCGCCUACACCUCUAAAAUCUUACCACCUGAUGUGGAGGGGGGUCUUGCCAAGCAGGUGGGAAACAAAACAGAAUGUGGCCUGCUGGGAUUCGUGUUAGACCUUCAGCGGGACUAUGCUCCUGUCAGAGAGCAGGUCCCAGAGGAAAAACUGUACAAGGUGUACACCUUCAACUCUGUGCGUAAAUCCAUGAGUACGGUGAUCAAGCUGCCUGAUGGGACCUUCCGUCUUUACAGCAAAGGAGCCUCUGAGAUCAUGCUAAAGAAGUGUUCCUACGUUUUAGACGCCAAUGGAGAACCACGUAGUUUCCGCCCACGUGACAGAGACGAGAUGGUUAAACAGGUGAUUGAGCCGAUGGCGUGCGAGGGGUUGAGGACCAUCUGCAUCGCUUAUCGUGAUCUAGCGCCAAAUCCAGAGCCAGAAUGGGACAACGAGGCAGAAAUAGUGACCGAGCUGACCUGCAUCACUGUGGUUGGAAUAGAAGACCCUGUGCGGCCCGAGGUGCCCGAGGCCAUCCGGAAGUGUCAGCGUGCAGGCAUCACAGUGCGAAUGGUAACUGGUGACAACAUAAACACAGCCAGGGCCAUUGCUGCCAAGUGCGGCAUCAUUCACCCCGGAGAUGACUUUAUCUGUCUGGAAGGCAAAGAGUUUAACCGACGAAUCAGGAACGAGAAAGGGGAGAUUGAGCAGGAACGUAUCGAUAAAAUCUGGCCCAAACUGCGCGUGCUGGCUCGAUCCUCGCCGACCGACAAGCACACACUGGUUAAAGGCAUCAUUGACAGCAGCAUCGUAGAGCAGAGGCAGGUUGUCGCAGUAACAGGAGACGGGACUAAUGACGGACCAGCUUUGAAGAAGGCUGAUGUGGGCUUCGCCAUGGGUAUUGCGGGGACAGACGUGGCUAAAGAGGCGUCCGACAUCAUCCUGACUGAUGACAACUUCAGCAGCAUUGUCAAGGCGGUGAUGUGGGGACGAAAUGUUUACGAUAGCAUCUCCAAGUUCCUGCAGUUCCAGCUCACGGUCAACAUAGUGGCUGUCAUCGUGGCCUUCACCGGGGCCUGCAUCACUCAGGAUUCUCCUCUGAAGGCGGUCCAGAUGCUUUGGGUGAAUCUGAUCAUGGACACGUUUGCUUCACUUGCCCUGGCCACUGAGCCCCCAACCGAAGCCCUCCUACUAAGAAAGCCCUACGGCCGGAACAACCCGCUCAUCUCACUGACCAUGAUGAAGAACAUCUUGGGUCAUGGAGUGUACCAGCUCAUCAUCAUCUUCACCUUGCUGUUCAUAGGCGAGCGCAUGUUUAACAUCGACAGCGGCCGCAACGCUCCGCUCCACUCGCCCCCCUCAGAACACUACACAAUCAUCUUCAACACCUUCGUCCUCAUGCAGCUUUUUAACGAGAUCAACGCUCGCAAGAUCCACGGCGAGAGAAACGUCUUCGAUGGCAUAUUCGCUAAUCCCAUCUUCUGCACCAUCGUUCUGGGGACUUUCGCUGUGCAGAUUGUGAUCGUGCAGUGGGGGGGAAAGCCCUUCAGCUGUGCCCCUCUCAACAUGGAGCAGUGGCUCUGGUGUCUGUUUGUGGGAGUUGGAGAGCUUCUCUGGGGGCAGGUGAUCGCCACGGUGCCAACGGAGCGGCUGCCAUGUUUGAAGGAGGCGGGGCUUGGCCUGGAGCCGGGCGAGGAGGAAGGAGAGGAGCUUGCAGAGGAUGAGGAGGAGAUCGACUGCGCUGAAAGAGAGCUGCGCCGCGGGCAGAUCCUCUGGUUCAGAGGCCUCAACCGUAUCCAGACCCAGAUGGAGGUAGUGAGCACGUUCAAGCGCAGCGGUUCGUUUCAGGGAGCGGUGAGACGGCGCUCCUCCGUGCUCAGUCAGCUGCACGACAUGCGAGUGGUGAAAGCCUUCCGUAGUUCGCUGUACGAGGGCUGUGAGAAACCAGAAUCCCGUAACUCCAUCCACAACUUCAUGGCCCACCCAGAGUUCCUCAUCAACGACCUUAUCCACAACAUCCCGCUGAUUGACGACACGGACGUGGACGACGAGUCAGAGCUCAGCAGAUACCAGCACCUGCAUCCGGCCCUUCGCAAGCCGCCACCUCCGCCCGCUCAACCCCCGGCCCGCACCAGGCCUACUCGUCCUUACCGCCAGUACAGCCUCCCAGUGACACCGUGCAACCGAAACAACAAUAACAACAACAGCAACAGCGGCGGCAACUCGACCGUCUGCAACAAAAACAGCCUGAGUAAAGAUGUGACCCAGAGCCGCUGCCACAAACGCCAACACAACCGUCAUGGCAGAGACAAACUCCCUGCCCCUCACCUGGCCCACCUCUUCUGUGUGGAGACCUCUUUAUAACCGGGUCAGGGUGAAGGAUGAUGGGGGGGGGGGGGGGGGUACCACAGAGGGCUGAGGACACACAGUGACAUUUUCAUCCAGCCUGCCUCACAUGAGCUCACAGGACGGAGCAAAGGACCGAGGAGGCACAGGAGGGAGUGGACGAUGAUCGGAGACUUUUGCUUGCAACAACUUUUCCUCCAUUUGCCUUCCUCCAGCCCUCUCAGUGCCCCCCCACCCCCCACCCAUCUGCUCUGGGCACAACCCCACCAGGCUUCGCUCGACGUCACACUCAUUCCACACUCGCUUCCUUGUCCUGAGCAACGAUUUGAAUGGGGAGGGAAGACGGGGAGCAGACACCCAAACCAACCCAUUUAUCCCUCGACACAUCGAGGCUGCGGGGGCCGACUCACGCCGUCACCACCUACCUGACUGCAACCACUUCAAGCGCACUGCUUUGCGAUACAUGUGAAAUAAUUUUGUCUCAGAUUUCAACCAUGUCCACCCCCAAAACAUAUUUUUCUAAACAUAACGAUGCUCAUUUGUUUCCCAACAUCACUUUAUUUUUGCAUCGCCCUACUUUUUCAGUCUGUGCACGUGUCUCGUCUCAUUUAAAGAAAAAAAAAAAAA